AUGAAACCUAAGUCAUUGUUUGUUAAAACAAUCAGUACAUAUGGACAAUCCUACCUAUCGUGCUACGAGAUACGAAUCAAUUUCAACGACGUAGUCUUGUCGAUGAAUGAAAAGAAAUCAGAUCAUCAAACUCCGUUCGAUUUGUUUCAGUAUAAACUUCGUCGUUUGAUUGAAAGUAUCAUUUUUCGAACAGCCAUCGCAGUCCUGUUCAUUGCCGAUUUGAUUAUUAUUAUAAUUUCAAUUGCGCAAGAAGACGCUCAAGUUUUAAAUGUGAUUAGUUUGAUUUUAUCAAUCAUUUUCAUGAUCGAUAUUGCUCUUCGUAUUCUCGCCCAAGGUGGUGAAUUUUUUCAAAAGAAAAUGGAAAUACUUGAUUUGGUUGUGAUGACGUUGGGUCUGAUUGUUAAUAUCGUCAUCUUGAAUAUAGAUAGCACCAAAGGAAAAGCUGCAAAAAUCGUUAUUCUACCGCGUAUAUUUCGUGUGAUAAAUCUAGUUCGAACUAUACGUAUUAUCCGUCAUCGAGAACACUUCAAAACAGGUUCACGUCAUUUAGUUGGACAGAAUAAAAAGCGAACGAUUGGCAACGGUUUUGAUCUUGAUUUAUGUUGUAUCAGCGAUAGAAUUAUUGCCAUGUCAUUUCCAAGUAAAGGCACAGAUGCUUUCUUUCGAAAUGAUAUCGUUGAUGUUGGUCAUUAUCUCGAUUUAACAUAUGGUGAUCAUUAUCGGGUGUAUAAUCUUUGCAGUGAGCGUUAUUAUGAUACAGUGCAUUUUCAUAAUCGAGUAGAACGUAUUCUAAUCGACGACCAUAAUGUACCAAGACUAAGCGAUACGAUUCGAAUGGCAGAUUCAGUAACCGAAUGGUUCGAUGCAAAUCCUAAGAAUGUUAUUGCUGUUCAUUGUAAAGGUGGAAAGGGUCGAACGGGAACUAUGAUAUCAGUUGCAUUAUUGAAAACGAAUGUUUGCAAAACUGCUCAGGAAGCUUUAGAUUUAUUUGCUGAAGGACGAACUGAUCUACGUCAUGGCAAACAGUAUCAAGGUGUCGAAACACCUUCUCAAACUCGAUAUGUUCAUUAUUAUGAAAAGAUUCUUCAUGUUUACAACCAUGCAAUGCCACCACCGAAAGUCUUGAGAUUAAAUACAAUUACUGUUACAGCAAUCGCUGCUGUUGGAAAUGGUGAUGGAAGUGAUUUAUUCUUUACAGUUGGAAGCUAUGAUGGUUCAUUAGGUACAUUUCAACUAAAACAGGAUAAUCAACUUGAGACCAAUUCAUGCAAAUGUGAACAUAAAAGAGACGAAGACAAAAUCAUUAUUUCGGAUAUUCGUUUAUCACCAGUGAAGGGUGAUGUGAAAGUGAUGUUCUUCUCAACUAACAAAAAUGUACCGAAAAACUAUGAUAAAUGCGCGUUUUACUUUUGGUUUAACACAUCCUUUAUCGAAAAUAACUCACUUCUUCUUAAACGUGAUGAAUUGGAUAAUCCUCACAAAUCGAAAACAUGGCACAUCUUUCGCGAGAACUUCACCGUUUUACUUACCUUUCAAGAUGAAGAAUAA